AUGAAAGCAGCCACAGAGGAACAACUCGCAGAUGAGGACGACGUGCACGCUUACGAAAAGAACGGUAACAGUUCACAACAACGUCGCAAUGUAACUGAGAACCAUGUUACAAUCGAGCCUGUCAAAACAGAAAUGUACAGACCCAAAGUCGAAGACCGUGUCUGGUAUGUCUCCGAAACAGACCUUGAUUGGAUGUCGACUGGUUGUUAUAUUCUGGGUACUGGUGGAGGCGGUAGCCCUUACUCGCAUAUGCUUCGUAUGAGAAGCAUCUUACGAGACGGAGGAAUCAUUCGGGUGAUCAACCCGCACGAUCUCAAAGACGAUGACCAAGUUGGCUGCGGUGGUGGCGCAGGCUCGCCCACAGUUGGUAUUGAGAAACUCCCUGGCGACGAGUGA